UUCUAAAAUUGUAGCGGCUUGUGAGGCGCGUGUUGUGCGUUAAGUCCUUGACGGUCCGUAUUCUCAUGGAUAGUCCUAACGAUAAAAGAUUACCAAUUUGUAAAACCACUUCUUUUUGGGCAAAAAAAUGAAUCUUGUUAGAAAAGGCCAGCAGUUGAUUGGUCAAAGAUGUCUACAUCAAGCAUACGUUGUCUUUCCCAAAAUUCGCGCUCAAGAACAGGAGAAGCAGUCGUUGUAUUUGACAAAAACUGUACUUUGUGACAACAAAGUGCUACAAAAGAAAGACAAGGUGUUAUUAUUACACAAAAAAGAAGAUUUAAUAAACACAAUUAAAAGGAAUAUAAUUGAGGUGAACUAUUUUCACCGUGACGAAGAAUUAAAGUUGAAAAAACGUGCAAAGGAAAGGACAAGAUUAGCAAAACUUUUGGAAUACAAAGAACAGUUUUCUUUACAAAUCUUACUCAGCAUGAUGAAAGCUGUGUGGAACAGUAAAAGUGCAAGAGAGGCUGGUUUUCUUAAUAAGUCAUUAAACUACAGACCAGAUCUUGCAGCUCCAUGGGAGAGACUUGGUAAAAAGAUCCAAGUAACAGGAAAACAUGGGCACCUAAUAUCUGGAAAAACACCCUUGCCAUUAUUUGCAGAUGAACAAGAAGUUGCAAAUACAAAGACAGAAGAUGUUAUUUGGGAUGAUAUUAUUUCGCCGUUUUUUGAUCUUCAUCCUUAUCAGUGUAUAUUCGAACCUGACAGUGGCUUUUUACCUGGUGCUCCAUAUCCAUGCCCUCAGACUUUACUAAUUACAAAUCCAUGGAGGUGGAAAUCAAGGAUGAACUCUGGACAGGGUGUUUUUUACAGCUUUGCGCAUGCGCUGAACCACGCCCUCAACCAAGGUGCAAAAAUGGGACAGGACUUGGAGAAACCAGUUGUCAUGCAGUGUGUUAUAUUUAACGGUACUUCUUUCUGGUUUGUACGCUACCAGUUGAACACGCUUAAUUUCAGCGAAGAAAAUAAAGGUAUUAAAAACAUGGCCUGGAUUGUCAGCGAGGAGAAAUUGUACCACCAGGUGACAGAUAAAGCGUCAACAUCGGAGGAUUUCAUUACGUAUACAUCGGAGCGAGCUUCCUUAACUGAUUUCGACAGGAAAGUUUUGAGUAACACAUUUAAAAACGAACAAACAAGGAACGUUUCUAUAGAAGAGUUUAAUCCAAAUGCUGUCAAAUUGUUCAUUGACUUUCUGUUUUAUCCUUACACGGUUGAAAACAAAUGAUUUUUGAUGAUCUCCAUAAAAAUAUACGGUGAUAUUAUGGAACUAGUGAGUGUCACAAUAGCAAUCUUCUGACGUAAUGGAUUUGCUAAAAACGAUACAGGGCUGUUUUGUGCGACAAGGAGAGCAUGUGUUAUUACUAUAAUGUUUCGUAUUUCGAGUUUUUUUUAAAUUUUAGUGAAUUGUAGUUGUUGUUUUGGCACAACGUGUGUCAGUAUCUGUGAUAAGGAUGUGGCUUCAAAUACAGGCGAGUUCUAAGAAGAAAAGGAAUAAUUCCAAUGCAUCGUGAUUGCCAAUAAGAAAAACGUGUAUGAAGCCUAUUAUCUUGAUUUGCUGUUUUUUAAAAGUACUUAAUAAUAUUUAUGGAUGUAAAAUUAUAUCUUAAUGCUACUACUUCUCGCUU